CUGACGGGAAAUGUAGUUCCUACUAAAAACAUUUCUCGAAAAAGCAAUAGGUGUUGAGUUAAAAUGUAACAUUUGUUUAAUGUUCUAGCUAGUGUUAACGUGCCUGUCGUUUGAAAAUGAAAUCAACMACCAUAGUAGGUCACGUUUCAAUAUCCAUCAAUAGUACUUGGAAAAUGUUAAACACUUGUAUACAUUUGUUUUAGCUAGCUAACCAGAUUAUCACUAAAAUAGCUAACAAGCUAAUGUUAUUAGCCACGGUCCGUCCCACUUGCAACACAACGGUCUCCUGUGCUUUCCACUGUUUCAAAAUGACCUCGCCUUAUUUCGUUGAGAGUACCGCGGUAUUCACUCGGGGCGGUAACAAGACCGUACCCCAUACCGGUUUAGCCACGACGUUAAAAACUAGGAUGGAGAGGAGAGUGUUGAGGGCGCACGUGAAACAGGAGGAAGAAAAUUCGAGCGUAUCAAAUCAGAGUUUGGGACGAGACGCUUCAGAUAUUGGCUCCUCUAGGUUCCAUYGCUCAUCCAUCGGCCAAUCAAAAGCUGAGCCAGACAAAGCCCGGUCCCUGUUACYACUGGCACCCAUCYUGCGUAGGAGGAGGGGCCAGGUGAAGKUGGAAUAYGAUGGGAAGGUGGAGCCUAAACACUGGGAGCCUCCUGAUUGGAGCAAGCAGCUGUGUCAUGUGCGUCAGAUGAGGAGCGCCAGGGAUGCGCCUGUUGACCUCAUGGGGGCGGAGAAAUGCUACGACAGACACGCCCCUGAUGAGGUGCGACGUUACCAGGUGCUGGUGUCUCUGAUGUUGUCAAGCCAGACAAGGGACCAGGUGACCAGUGCAGCUCUGCAGAGACUCAGGGCUCAUGGCUGUACGGUGGACAACAUAGUCAACACUGACGAUGACACACUGGGACAACUCAUCUACCCUGUUGGCUUCUGGAGGGUAACACACACUGCCUUCAGGAAACAAUUGGUGAAGUACCUGAAGCAGACGUCAGUGAUGCUCCAGAGGGAGUUUAGAGGGGACAUCCCUAACACAGUGGAGGGCCUGGUACGACUACCUGGUGGACCCAAGAUGGCUCACCUGGCCAUGGACAUCGCCUGGCACCAGGUCUCUGGCAUAGGCGUGGACACGCACGUCCACCGUAUCUCCAACCGGCUGGGAUGGACGAGAGGUGGGACCAAGAACCCAGAGGAGACACGCAAGGCCCUGGAAGACUGGUUACCAAGGGAUCUAUGGAGUGAGAUCAACUGGUUGCUGGUGGGGUUUGGUCAACAGGUGUGUCUACCUGUCAAUCCUCUCUGUCUGUGUUUGAACCAGCACAGCUGCCCCUCCGCCCACAAGCCUCCCCAGCCAAGAGGCCUAAAGCUGGGUCACCUCGCUCCCCACACUCCUCCAAGACCUCCAGGGUCAAGCUGGAGCUUGGUUUGGGGUUACCACCCCCUCUUCGCCACAAUGGUCAAAGAGGAACCUCUGGCUACCGCCCUCUCCCCUCCUCUGCUGCCCAGAAAGAGGAAGUCCAAAGCCAAAACCUUCUCUACAUGAUACGACAG